CCCGCUUCAUCAGAAAACUAGUGUAUGGCCGCCAUACACGCUUCAAUUAUAGAUCAAUAUUCCGCCUGCUUUUAUGAGAGACGUGGUUACGGAUGUAAACAAACCACGGUACUCAUGAAGAAUUGAUAAAUCUUGUGAUCAUUUUUUUUUAAAAACGAUAACCAUUUUUAAUUAACGGAUUUCAAACAAGAUGGUUACGUGGGUUGGAUUGCUAGUUUUCCUCUCGUAUAUUUGUGGCGCUGAAUGCCUCUCGCGGUCCGAUGAUGCGCUGGAUUCCGCCGUGACUGGAUACGAGGCUCUGGGCGCCGUUGUUCUCCUCAUUGCCAUGGUAACCAUGCUCGCGUUGUGCGCGGGUGGAUCGGUCAAUCCAGGUGAGCCUCUACCCCAGUGGGUGUACACUGUAAGCCCGGACCCCGCCCUGGACACGGGGAUCACAGGCUGCUCUGACGGCCUGAACAUUAUCAACCCGAACUGUGUCUUCCGCCAUCGGAAAGGCGCCUUCGAGACGGACGGCGCCAAGUGGGGUGCAGCCCUGUCACGUGGUAAGCACGUGUUCGAGCUGUACUGGCCUUCUGGGGCGCGGGGCACCACCGCCAGUGUGGGCGUGGGCUCGGCCGAUGCCCCUCUGUUUGUGAAGCCCAAGGACAGUCUUGUGGGGAGCAACAGUUACUCCUGGGGUCUGGACAUCGUCCGCCGCCGACUGAUUCACAAGAAGCAGUUACUUGGCACCCUACCCAGGACCGGAAUGGUUCCUGACAAGUUCUACAUGUAUGUUGACUGCGACAGCUGCUCGGUUGGCUAUGGCACUGAAGCCUCGUACUACGGGGCGCCGCUCAGGUUCCCCCGGGAGAAACUUCCGGUCCACGCGAUGAUCGGCAUCGCGCAACCAAACGCUCAAGUGACCAUGCUUUAUAGAGGCUCAGAGAAUCGGGCGGCUGCAGCGGGCCAGAUGAAUACCGUUAUGGUUCCAUCGCAGGGGCCGGGUGGCACCGUCCACGUGACCGUCGUCAACCCGGGCACUAUUGCUGUGAGUAACGACCCUCCGCCACCAAAGUACUGAGGUCCGGGGACCAAGUUGGGCACCAGAAUACAAUCACAAUGUUUAAAUGCAAUGCGUCAUAACGUCUUCAUGUUUUGAAGUUUUUGCAUUAGAGACAGAAACAAAAUUAAAAAAAAACAAAAAAAAAACAACAACAGCGAUGUAUUAGUAUUAUUUAUUGUUUUCAAUCCGUCCAUGUUUAUAAAUUAAUGAUGCUUCAGGGACAAAUAAGCGAGCGAGAUGGCGAUACGUAUUUCUGUUGAUUGAGUACUGCUGCUGAUUGUGAUAUUUAAUUAGCUGGGAAGAGAAUACUUGUUAGAUUUAUAAAUGCAUUUAUCAUACUGUUUUCUUUUUUUUUUCUAUAAAAACAUGUUUAUUUUCAAAGCUUAACACUGCGACUAAAAACCGCGCACGCGGUAUGUUCUCCUUGAUUGUUUAAACUUUACUUGAAAACUAUUAAAAUCUUCAGAAUGCCUCAA